UCUGCAGAGUGUGAGGCAUCGCCUGCCACUGCUUGGGAGGGGCUUCCCUCUCUCCUGCUGAUGAUGAACCUUGACUAGGUCGCUUGAGUAGCCGUGCAAUCCAGCCGUCGGGGGCCCCGCCAAGAGCUAGCUGGUUCAUGAGGUGGGCGCCCCCUCGGUGGCAGAAGUGGCAGAAUAGCCGACAAAAAGCCUCUUGUGACGCACUUCAAGGGGCCUGGAGUGUGGGCCCUGCAUGGGCAGACGGUCAAGAUGCAGUAUGCCCAAGAUCUGCGCAAACACGCCUCAUCUGUUCAUAUACAACAAGAAGGGGCCUUCUGCCGGCUUUGAAGGGCCUCAUGGGUACUUCUGGAGCCUUGGCUUUCAAAGCACCCAGCGCAAGUGGGCACUCCCUGCUGCGACGGUCGACUUCAGAAGCUGACGGAACAGACAGACCGGCGCAUGGGGGGUCGGUGAACGCCAAGGGGCGCGGCUAUUGUCCCUCCAUCAAGAAUAAGCACGAGACCCAGAUCAAGCUCUGCAUGGUCUUCCAGGACGCCCGGCGAGUGACCCGGGUCCUCGAGUACUGCUCCCGUCCACGUUGGCGAAUCGCUCGCCGAAUACGAAGGCUACAUGGACGAGAAGAUGGUCGUCAUGCGAGUGAUUGCGCUGCUUCUUUGGGCGCUCGACUACCUCCACAAUUAGUGUACAAGCAACGGGCUCGUAGACGACCAGCAACGGCGAACAUGCUACAGUGACUUGCGCCAGCUGGUUUCCCAAGAAAAGAGCGAUUAGCGUCAACCUGCAUCAUUCAAAACCACCCCCCUAGGUUAAGCCGUAGUUGUUGAGCAGUCCAGGAAGCCCAUGACACGGAAGAUGACCUCAGAAGAUGGUCCCCAAAUCAUGGUUUUCAGAAACGUAGGUAGUCAAGAAGAGCAUGGUUACAGAAAUGAAUCUCUUCUGGUUUGAAAGAAGGUCCAUACUGGACCAUUUUGCAUAGUCAAGAUCGAGUGCUUCAUCGCUCGGCAGCAGCAGAAGAUGGACCUUGUAACGUGCACAAGUAAC